AGCAGGGGGUGGAGGAUGGAGCCCCGGGCUGCCGCGGCGGGCGAGCCAGAGCCGGCGGCGGCGUCCUCCUCCUUCCAGGCCCGGCUCUGGAAGAACCUGCAACUGGGGGUGGGCAGGAGCAAGGGCGGCGGGGGCGGGCGCGCGGGGGGUCCGGAGCGCCGCACUGCGGACACCCCUUCGCCCUCCCCGCCACCCCCGGUGGGCACACGGGACGCACCCGCCGGCGGGAGUGGUGCAGGCAGCAGGUGGAGCGGCUUCAAGAAGCGGAAGCAAGUGCUGGACCGAGUCUUCUCCUCCUCGCAGCCCAACCUGUGCUGUUCCUCGCCGGAGCCCCUAGAGCCCCGCGGCACCGGCAGAGCAGAGCAGGGGUCCACGCUACGCCGCCGGAUCCGCGAGCAUUUGCUCCCCGCCGGAAAGGGGCCCGCGGUGGCCACGGGAGCAGCGGGAGGGACGCCUCCUGGCGGACGCUCUCCAGACUCAGCUCCUUCCUCUUCCUCCGCCUCAUCCUCCCUGUCCUCCUCGCCCCAGCCUCCCCCGAGGGGUGACCGCGCCCGAGAUGAGGGUGAACGGCAUCGGGGCCCUGGGGCGCACUUGUGCCAUCAGAAGAGCUCCUCUUUGCCGGGCACCGCCUGCCUGGAGCAGCUGUUGGAGCCGCCGCCUCCUCCUACAGAGCCGGCGCGGAGUCCCGCGGAGUCUCGGGCCCGGGAGACGGGCGAGGAGCGCGGCAGCAGCCAGAGCCUAGAAUAUAAACAGUUCCUGAUCCGCACUCCACUUGCAAGCAGCUUCAUUGUACAAAUAUGCUUUAGUAGUGUUCACCCAUUGCUGCCUCAGCUUCUUUUACUGUCCCUGUCAUCACAUUUUGCAAGAAGAUGGUUUUUUAAGGGGAUCUGUGGUUUCGAUAAAAAAGAAGAGAAGAUAACAGUGCAAGAGAAGAAUGGCUUAGGAGAGUUGCCUGCCCCUGGGUGGAGACUGGACUGGUUGACUUUGCCCAUGGGGAAGAGAGGUGGAGGCAGACUGUCUUCCAGAACUCAAAAAAUAAGCACUGCUGGAACCAGUAAUGCAGAAGUCCCCUUGGCUGAUCCCGGAAUGUACCAGCUGGACAUUACAUUAAGAAGGGGUCAAAGUUUAGCUGCUCGAGAUCGAGGAGGGACAAGUGAUCCAUAUGUGAAGUUUAAAAUCGGAGGAAAAGAAGUUUUUAGAAGUAAGAUAAUACACAAGAACCUCAACCCUGUGUGGGAAGAAAAAGCUUGCAUUCUGGUUGAUCAUCUUAGGGAGCCACUGUAUAUAAAGGUAUUUGACUAUGAUUUUGGACUACAGGAUGACUUUAUGGGCUCAGCCUUUCUGGAUCUGACACAAUUGGAGUUAAACAGGCCCACAGAUGUGACCCUUACUCUGAAAGAUCCUCAUUAUCCUGACCAUGAUCUUGGAAUCAUUUUGCUCUCAGUCAUCCUUACCCCUAAAGAAGGAGAGUCCAGGGAUGUGACAAUGCUAAUGAGGAAGAGUUGGAAAAGAUCAAGUAAGGAACUUUCAGAAAAUGAAGUGGUUGGAUCUUAUUUCUCUGUGAAGUCUCUCUUUUGGAGGACGUGCGGCAGGCCAGCUCUUCCUGUCCUGGGCUUCUGCAAAGCAGAGCUUCAGAGUCCUUAUUGCAAAAAUGCACAAUUUCAGACCCAAAGUUUACGCCUAUCAGACCUACACAGAAAAUCACAUCUUUGGAGAGGAAUAGUCAGCAUCACCUUGAUUGAAGGGAGAGACCUCAAGGCCAUGGAUUCCAAUGGGUUGAGCGAUCCCUACGUGAAGUUCCGGCUUGGGCAUCAGAAGUACAAGAGCAAGAUUAUGCCAAAAACGUUGAAUCCUCAGUGGAGGGAACAAUUUGAUUUUCACCUUUAUGAAGAAAGAGGAGGAAUCAUUGAUAUCACUGCAUGGGACAAAGAUGCUGGGAAAAGGGAUGAUUUUAUUGGCAGGUGCCAGGUCGACCUGUCAGCCCUCAGUAGGGAACAGACGCACAAGCUGGAGUUGCAGCUGGAAGAGGGUGAGGGACACCUGGUGCUGCUGGUCACUCUGACCGCAUCAGCCACAGUCAGCAUCUCUGACCUCUCCGUCAACUCCCUGGAGGACCGGAAGGAACGAGAGGAGAUAUUAAAGAGAUAUAGCCCAUUGAGGAUAUUUCACAACCUGAAAGAUGUGGGAUUUCUCCAGGUGAAAGUCAUCAGAGCGGAAGGGUUAAUGGCUGCUGACGUCACUGGAAAAAGCGACCCAUUUUGUGUGGUAGAACUGAACAAUGAUAGACUGCUAACACAUACUGUCUACAAAAAUCUCAAUCCUGAGUGGAACAAAGUCUUCACAUUCAACAUUAAAGAUAUCCAUUCAGUUCUUGAAGUGACAGUUUAUGAUGAAGAUCGGGAUCGAAGUGCUGACUUUCUGGGCAAAGUUGCUAUACCAUUGCUGUCUAUUCAAAAUGGUGAACAGAAAGCCUACGUCUUGAAAAACAAGCAGCUGACAGGGCCAACAAAGGGGGUCAUCUAUCUUGAAAUAGAUGUGAUUUUUAAUGCUGUGAAAGCCAGCUUACGAACAUUAAUACCCAAAGAACAGAAGUACAUUGAAGAGGAAAACAGACUCUCUAAACAGCUGCUACUAAGAAACUUUAUCAGAAUGAAACGUUGUGUCAUGGUGCUGGUAAAUGCUGCAUACUACGUUAAUAGUUGCUUUGAUUGGGAUUCACCCCCAAGGAGUCUCGCUGCUUUUGUGCUCUUUCUCUUUGUUGUCUGGAACUUUGAGCUCUACAUGAUACCACUGGUUUUGUUGUUACUAUUGACAUGGAACUACUUCUUGAUAAUAUCAGGGAAAGAUAACAGGCAACGUGAUACAGUAGUGGAGGACAUGCUAGAGGACGAGGAAGAAGAAGAUGACAAAGAUGACAAGGACAGUGAAAAAAAGGGAUUUAUAAAUAAAAUCUAUGCCAUCCAGGAGGUUUGUGUCAGUGUCCAGAACAUCCUAGAUGAAGUGGCUUCCUUUGGCGAAAGGAUAAAGAACACUUUCAACUGGACCGUCCCAUUCUUAAGCUGGCUGGCCAUUGUAGCCCUCUGUGUGUUCACAGUCAUCCUGUACUGCAUUCCGCUGAGAUACAUUGUCCUUGUCUGGGGCAUCAAUAAAUUUACAAAAAAGCUUCGGAGUCCAUAUGCAAUUGAUAACAAUGAACUACUUGACUUCCUUUCCAGAGUCCCUUCAGAUGUACAAGUGGUGCAAUACCAAGAACUGAAACCAGAUCCUUCUCAUAGCCCAUAUAAAAGAAAGAAAAACAAUCUUGGCUAGCCAGCUUCCAGCACUGAGGAGACCAGCAUCUGUUUGGGAAGAUAAAAGAAAAAGCCCUCAGCCUGAGCAGCAUUUCCUUUCUUUCAGAUUUUUAUUUAUUUUGCCUUUUUAUCAUGAUCGAGAGAAUUUGUAAAUAGUGUACAAAGGCAUAUGUCUUUGAAAAUAUACUUCUAUUGUACAGACUCAACUUGAUAAAGGUUUUGCUACUGCUGUGUGAAAGCCUUGUUAGCUGUGGAAAAUAAUAUAACACACUGAAAGAAUAUAAGAAUGAUAACAUUGGAAGAUAUAUCCUUAUCUAAUUACAAGUGGAUUACUCACCUGUGCUCUGAUUAAAUCUACAUCAAUUGUAAAUGUCAAUUUGAUUUUAAUGUUUUUUUUUAAUGUGACUUUUUUAUCUGAAAAGUAAUCCAUUACAGUUUUCUAUGUUUUAUACAUUUCAAAAGGGAGGGAAAUACCAAAGCCUAAAUAAUGGAAUGGAUGCAUUUCAAUUUAACAUAUAUUCUGGCUUUAGAUCCCGACAUUCACUCCUGUGCAAAUUACUUAGGUAUGACUAAGCUGAUUUUAAGCUAAUAAGUGAAGGUACAUUCACUCCCUCAAGAGAAUCAAUACUCAGAAGGUUAGAAAGUUUUCUUUAUAGAAUUUCAAUCAUUCCAUCUAAAACCUUAAAAUCUCUACAGGACUACACAACAUAAAUACUGCCAGUUUAUAAACGAUUGCCUAUCUGAAUUUUUAUACCUACCACUACUUUAAUUUAUACAUAGUUAGCAAAUUAGCAACCCAGUAAGUACAGUUAUCAAAAAUACUAGCGAACUACAUCCAUAUCGCUUUUGGUGUCAGAUUGUAUCUGUGCAUCUAAAAAUAUUUUAAUACUCAAGUGCUCUCAGAAAAAAAAAAAAAACUCUGCUUUCUCAUUAGAUUACUGAAAUGCUUUAAUUCAUACUAUGAUUUUGUUAUUAGUGUGAAUUUUAAUGUAGAGAAUUCAGUGUGCUAAGUGAUAUGCCAGUGCUUCACUACAUUCAUUUAUUAAAAAAAAAUCAUUCUUGAUUAUGCAUGAAAACCUGUUUUGUAAAAUAAACUGCUUGGGGGUGGUGGUUGCCUUUAUCAAUGUUUCACUAUUAUCAUAGAAUCUAUACUUAAAAAUUGCAUUCCCAAGACUCUUAAAGUAGUUUUUGUAUCUCACUCCCUGGUAUACUAAGGGAGCAUAACUGUGGAAAAAAAAUAACUUGGUUGGUUGAGAAUGUAUUACUUCCCUGACUUGGUAGGGGAUUACACUCAGUUGAAAUUGCAGCAGACAAUGCUUUGCACUACUUUAUUAAUAAUAAACUUGGAUAGGGUAAAAGUGAGGGUUAUACUGGAAAAAUUAUAGAAAAGCUAAAAGAAUGUAUAUUUCACUCUAAAGAAAGAUUCUUUAACAAUAAGUGUAAUCUCAUUGAAGCUGAUUUUUAAAGUAUUUUUAUUUUAGAGAUAAGUUGUUAAAUACUAUUUCUUAUAAUAGAACUAUUUUGAUCUGUUUAUAUACUAUGCUUGAAUGUCAAUUAAAUUCCCUUUCUACAGAAAGGCUUUGACCUCAACAUGCUUUAUUUAAUGUAUCAUGUUUAAAAUGACAUGCUUCAGCCCGCAUACCAUCACUGUUUGUUGCUAAAAACAUAAUGUUCCAUGAACAUGGUGUUACUACACAAAGUUUAUUGAUGAGAUAACUGUUCAAUUAUACCUUAUGUGAGACUUUUAUGUUCUGUGCUGACAAUGUGUACUCAAAUGUCUAUAAGCCUGAUAUUCUACAACCUCAGAUGUAUCUAGUGGAUAGUAACCAUUAACAGAUGACUAAUUUGUUUGUUUCACUGUAUCAAAUUUCAGAUUUUAGUUCAAUGGUAAUGUUGACUACACAUUCACUGCAUUAAAUACAAAAGACAAUAAUCUUUCCCAUGUAUAAUCAGCACUCUUUUUUUUUUCCGGUGGUUCAGAGAUUGAUGAGGGAUUGUGUGCAUAUUCUUAAAAAUUAUAUUUCACUUGGAGAAAUACAGAUUUGGUUUAAACAAACAAGGCUUUUUCCUGAAACUCUGACUCUUAUAUAAAAAUACCUCUGGAGGGGUGAGCAUCCAAUAAAAUUAGAGGAAUAAGAACUAGCUUGAGGCACAAAAGUGAUAUUCAGGGAAAUCUUCAUUGCUUUUAGAAACUACUACAUUCACAGGCUGAAAACAGCAUAUGUAUAGUUAAAAAUCUUAACUAUUUAUUUCCCCUUCUCACAUAAGGUACAAUUCUGUCUUGAGAGCUGCCUGACUUGCCUUCAUUUUGAGAGAUUUGUGAUGUAAAUAUUUCAAGUUAUCUGACGAGACUGAAUAUCACUCUAAUAUCUACUUGGACUGCUAACAUUGUAGAUGUUGUGAACUAUUAUAUUCCUUUAGUAUCUUUUAGUAAAUUCACUGAGUCAUUAUUCAUAUUCUAAACUAUUACUGCCAUUAGUGGUGAUAAUUCAUAAAUGCAUAUUUGUGCUUUUUAAUUUUUUCCCCACUUAUCAAAAAUAACAUAAUAGUACUUCUCAUUCAUUCUGGUACUGUUCCAGACUCAAACUGAUUGAUAUAGGUUCUGUAGGAAUUCCAAUUUUUUAACAUUCUAUAUGCACUAGGAUAAUCUGAGUUGGGAGAUUCUUUAAAGGACUCUGUGAUAUAUUGAAUACCAACUGUAUGACCCUGUUAUAGGCAAUGGUCAAAGCAAUGAUUGUAUAUUAAAAUCAAAUCUGGAGUUGAAGUACAGUGAGAGCCAAAUUUAAUUGAUACAUUUCUAAAAAUUAUCUUUUAUAAAAUUUUUAAUCUGUAUUUACAAGUUAAGAAAAACUCAGAAGUAAACUCUUAUCUAGGGACCACAGGAGAUUUUUUUUCCACUUUCAUCUCAUAUAUAAGGUCUCCUAUGCUGAAAGUAGUCAACAUUUGUAUUAAUGUUAUUCAAAGGCAGUAAUUUCAGCGAAUAAACUUGUUAAAUGGGCCUAAGUGUUUUAUAAUGUUGGCUCAGCAUUAAGAACAAAAAGGUAUAAGGCAGUUAUACCUUUUUGCUCCAGAAAUACAAGACAGCUACCAUUAUACUUCUUGAAAAACAUCUCAGGUAUUAUUAAAUUAAUACUCGCUUAAAUCCUGGGGCUUUAAAUGAAUAGCGUGAUUUCACACACUAGUGUGAGUGUGUGUACAGAUGUCUAUUCAUUGGUUUGAUUAGGGUAUCUAGGAUCGGCCUUUUCCAAUUGCUCAGUCAAGUAUGAAUUUAAACCAGAUAGAAAAUAAUGUAGUAAAUUCUUUCUUAAAAUAGUGUCAUUCCUUUCAAUUAUAAUUCUUUUUCCUGGGAUGAUUGGUGUAACUGAAAGAAAACAUUAUUUUUUUCUUUUUUUUUGGUGAAAGUGUUACCCUCUGGUACCUCAGUUUCUUUUAUAUAGUGGCAAUUUGUAUAGAGGCAGUCACAUCAGAUUUAUUUCAGCUGAAUGGCUAAAGUUUGAGAAAUACUAUUGAAAAAUCUCAUUAAAAAAGAAUAGCAUGCAAAUAAAAACUAUCAAAUGUCCAAAGCAAUCACAUAAUGUAGAAACUAAGAGCACCAUGAAAGGUUUGCUGGAACUUGAUUCUGUGCUUUUCAAAGGAGGGAUCUGGGUUAAGAAUCAAAAAAUAAAAACAAGCAAAUAUUGUAAAUGA